CGCGUGGCCGCUGGCUGGUGGGGCCCAGCAUCCAGGUCCAUCCAUUCUCUCUACCCCUCUUGCCUUUUGUCUCGGGCUGCAUCUGCUUCCCAAUCCCACCCCAUGACCGCCGCGCGCUCGCCUCCCUCCGCUGCGCUCACCUAGCCGCUCCCGAGCGCUUCUCCUCGCCGCCGCGCAUCGCACCGUGGCCUCCGCGCACACGCCCCCCCCCCCUCGCUGGAGUUGGAAGGCUAACUUGAAAAUUUGGGACCAAUGGAAGAGGAAGAGUAUAGCACUGAAUUAUCUAAUGAAGAAGAUGUGCAAGAAGAUGGUGAGAAAGAAGGAAAUGCUGCUGAGAGUGAUGUCUUCAAUCCAGUUGAUAUAGAUCCAGCAUUUUUACCAAAAGUAGGGAUGAUAUUUGACUCCGAGGAAGAUGCCUUUCAGUUCUAUGUGGCAUAUGGCUGUCAUGCAGGUUUUGGUAUUACAAGAAGAUCUAACAAUACCUUUGAUGGUUUCCGCUAUCGCUCUACGUUCAUAUGUUCUAAAGGAGGGCAGUCUAGACUGAGAUCUGGUGUGACAAGACCUGCAAGAAAGCGAGGCACAAAGACUGGCUGCAAGGCUAAAAUGAUUGUCAAGGAUGCCCAUUUUCAAAAUCGCUGGGAAGUUAUUGUUCUUGAGUUGGAGCAUAAUCAUCCGCUGGAUCCGAGCUUGCUUAAAUUUAAGAGGCAUUUGAAGAACUCUCCUUUCUCUCAAAAUCCACCCCGUAUGUCUGAAUCUGAGGCACCACAGAGCAGCUCAACUGCUGCACUAAGCAUAGUUGGUGAUAGUGGUAUAACUUCAUCUACACAGAUUGAAUUCAAAACCAAGAUAGACAGAAAUAGGAAACUGAAGCUCGCAGAAGGAGACUUAGAGGCCUUAUUGGGGUUUUUCAACAAAAUGCAAGACCAAAACCCAUGUUUCUUUUAUAGUUUAGAUAUGAAUGAGCAAGGGCAGUUAAGGAAUGUCUUUUGGGCUGAUGCCAAAUCCCGUAGUUCUUACAAUUACUUCGGUGAUGUUGUUGCUGUUAAUGUCACAAACUUUAGCGAUCAGUAUGACAUGCAGUUUGUGUCAUUUGUGGGCACUAACCACCAUGCUCAACCAGUGUUACUAGGUUGUGGCUUGCUUGCUGGUAGAUCUCUUGGAGCUUAUGUGUGGCUUUUUGAUACAUGGUUAAGAUGUAUGAAUGCCAAGCAACCACAUUCAAUAAUUACCAACUAUUGUCACGAUGUCGCAAUAGCUAUUAGAAAGGUUUUCCCUAAUGCACGGCACCGUUUUUGCCUUUGGCACAUCUUAAAUGAGCUUCGUGAAAAGUUGGAGGAACUGGAAAAGAAGGAUGAAGUUAUUUCUACAUUCAGCACAUUAGCCUAUGAUUCUGUUACCAUGCCUCACUUUGACAAAGAAUGGCAAGAAAUGAUCCAUCAAUUUCAUUUAGAGGGAAAUGAAUGGCUGUCCAAACUAUAUGAGGUCAGGACGCAGUGGGCUCCUGUUUAUGUGAAGGAUUCAUUUUGGGCAGGAAUGUCUGUUACAGACAGAAGUGAUAGUGCAACUGACUAUUUUGAUGGCUGGUUGACAUCAGGAACCUCUUUGAAAAUGUUUGUUGAACAGUAUGAGGAAGCUGUUAAAAGUAAGUUAGAAAAAGAAUCUUAUGAGGAUUUACGCUCAUCUCAGAUGAGGCCACCAAUGAUGACUGGGUUGCCUGUGGAAGAGCAAGCAGCAAAGGUGUACACUACCGAAAUCUUUCAGAAGUUCUUGAAUGAAAUAGGGCAUUCAUUUCAUUGCAAUUAUACUAUACUUGACAGGAAUGAUUCAGUGGUUACAUACAUAGUUUCAGAGCAUGUAAAUCAAACAGACAAGGUGGACUACAAAGUGGUUUACGACAAUGUUGAAGAUGAUAUAUGGUGCCUCUGUCGAUUGUUCCAAUGCAAAGGAAUACUGUGCAGGCAUGCUCUUACUGUACUGAGGCAGGAGCUUGUACUGAUGAUUCCACCAAAAUACAUCAUUCAUCGCUGGUGCAAGGAUUGUAAACAAACCUGUGCUUCCAUAUCCCACCCUGUCUCAGCAGAUAAUCAGGAAUUGGGAAGCUACGAUGAUCUUUACAAACUUGGCCACCAAUACUUAGCAGAAGUUGUGGAAUUUGGUUCCAUGAACCUAGAGUCAAAAGAAUAUGCUUUGUCAAUCAUGAGGGAAAUCAGGGAUAAAGUGAUUUCCUAUGAGAAGUCACUAAGAGAUCAAAGGGUUGACAGUCAUGUUUCAACUGCCAAUUUUGCGUACAAUCCUGUGAACGAGGAUUUUACUGAUGAUGUGUUGCCCAUCUCUCUCAGUACAAAGGGCUGGGAUCUUACGCAAAGUCAGUCCAAACGUUCCCGCAAGAAGAAGCUGGCGACUCCAACUGUUCUUGAUACCUUGAAAAAGAAAACUAAAAGGGCAUAUAACAAGAGGAGGAACGCCAACGCAAACACCCUAAACACAGCUGUCACCGCAACUGACAGCGUAACUGAUGGAACAAAUGUGCAACAGAAUCCUGUAAAUGAGGGAUGGCCAUUAACUUCUACUGGUGCUCCAGAAAAUUUCCCUUAUGGAGUGGAGACCAUUUCAUUUGAUUUGUCACAAUACAACAAUGCGCCAAACUUCCAUUGGCCUGAAAGCAGUAGCAGGUCUCAGCUUCAGUGAGAGGGACAACAGUGGAAUUGUGGAAGCCUUCAAAUAGACUAAGUUCUGACAGAUUCACAAUUGGGCAAAACUAGUGGCGGUAGAUCAGGUUUGACCUUCAUGUUUCCUGCCAGGAAAUUGGUGACUGUCUGAAUGAAGGUGAAAAACAGGAAAUCAAAAUCUGGUGAAAACCAGUAAAAUCUACCGGCUUUUAACCAAUUUGGUCUAAAGUGGUGUGGCCAAUAUGUGAUGACUACUGGCCUCCGCAUCUAUCUAAUUUCCCAGCUGUACAUAAUCAUUUCCCCUUUUUUUGCUUCCUUGGAUAUUUGCAGCUCCCAUUAGGUUUAUCUGGAUCAUGUUAGGCCAGAUGCACUUAAUCUUACUGAAAUAAUGCUACUUGAUGUUUCCCUGUAAAAUUUACACUGUGUAUUGUAUGCCCUUCUGUGGAUUCAUUUGUCUGGCAAUUGCACAGAGGAUGGUGGAUACUUGCCACAUUUUCUUGCUUGGUAUAAUAGUACCAGCUAUUUCAUACAA